ACUAGCCAUACAAAUGGUAAAAGAAAUGAAACAAACCCCAUAUGUUACGAACACAAACAAGUCUGUUACUCCAUUUACAACAGUCGUUUGAUUUACCUUAUGUAGCAUUGGUUAAUUAAACAACAACGUAUAGUAAGAUAAACACUAUACUAUGGCAGUAUGACUGCAUGUAGGGGUGGAGGUCGGUCGGUUCGGUUAUAACCGAGCCACCCUUCCCACUACUGAGCACCGACCGAGCCACCCUUGCCGGUUAGCCAACCACCGACCGGUCAGUUACCGAUUAGUUGGUCGAUUAGCCGAUAAAACCGACAAUUGUCUAGCAAGGUCGCUGAAGGAAGAGUCGGCCAGUUUGUGGGGCACCGGCGAGGUCGCGGGCCGCCUACGAUGUCGUGGGGAGGCGGCGCGGUCGCUGGUGCAGGCGAGAGCAAGGGUUGAAGGCGAUGGUGAGUUGGCGACCGUUGGGGACAUGGGAAGAAGAGGAUAUGGGAAGAAGAGGAAGGGGAGGGGAAAUGACGGAGUCAGAGGAAGGGCAGGGGAGGGGAGGAGACGGUGACCACCGGGCGGAACUAGGUGAAGGACCGUUCGACGAGGGUGGAUGCGGCCAGGUGAGAGGGGAGACAACGAGUGGGGUUAGGAGACGAGUAGGGUUAGGUUUUCGCUUGGGGUUAGGACUUGGGUGGAUUCUGGGAAUGGAGAAGCGGGGUCGUUUUGGGGAAGCAGAAGUGAAGCGGGGUCAUUUUGGGAUGGAGGCGGAGCUGCGUCAUUUGUGGUGUGAAGCUCAAAAGCGGGCCAGUUAACCUUAGUUAACCACGUAACCAGUUUCUGGUUACUCGAUUAACCAUGGCACCACUCACGCCUUCUCAAACACCGACCGUGACAUGUUAAGGGGCUAUCUUCGGUUAGCCGAAAACCGACGGUUUCGAUUAAAACCGCCUGUUAACCGCUAACCGGUAACCGCCCAUCCACCCAUAGCUGCAUGCAUUUUUCCUUUCAAUGGCCUAUGCAGUUGUCAUUUCCAUUUAGAUUGUUGACGACAUUGUAGUAGAGGCAAGAUUGCCUAUCAUCGAACUUGGAGACGACUUGAUGGGCAGAGAGUCCACAUGAUUGCUUAUCGAACAAUGUAGAUGUUGCGGAUCUUCUUAAACAUUAUAUCUCCAUUGAUGACCGGCUGUGCCAGAUAAUCCUUGAGAGGCAUCCACUGCAAAGUUCAGGGUUCGAGAUGAAGUAGUGAAGAGUUUGAGAAAGUGGGUUUGGGGAUUUUGCAAGUGAUCACUCUGGCUGCUUGAAUCUCAUCGUCGUCUGUUAUGAUAUGAGGUGAUAAGGGUUCCAGCAUGCAUGUGAAGAAGAGAUUGGAAUUCUGGAAUGCAAAGUUAAGAGCAUGCCUGCAAAUUUGAAGAUUACCAGGGACAUCUCAAUGUCAAUGCCCAUGAAGUUGGUUUCCUGGAGCAUGUUAACACAUGAAUAGUCACUCCACUUUGGAGCUUUCUACUUCAGUGGCCGUAUUAACACAGUUUAAUAACAACAGGGAGUUUUUGGUACCUGAAUGCCAUCACUUCCACAAAUGCAAUGUCGAUCUGCAGAAAAAUAAACCAAAGGAAGAGACCGUGUUUGAAAUUAAACAAUGGAUGAUCACAAGCAAUUAAGUUCUCUUUGAAGCUAGAGAAGGAAGGUGAUAAAGAGGGUUAUUGAAUUGGGGAAGGCAUCAUGGUGUUACCCCAGUUUCUUCAUGACUUCUCUUAUGCCAUCUGAGUAAAUUUCCUUCGUCUCAGAUAAAUUAAAACCAGUUUU